CCUGUCUGCUCUCCUGAGCCAUCCGAUCUCCUGAUUUUGGAGCUGGGCUGGGCUGGGCUGUGAGGGAGCUUUUGGUGCUGUUUGUGUGUAGUAGAGGAGAGGUACUGAGGAGCUGUUUGGUUCUCAGUUUGAGUGACUCAGCCUCCAGGCCGGCCUACAAAACUCCCUCCUCUUGCUGGGCCUGCAGCCAUGGAAACGUCAAGAGUCCCUUUCAGAACACAGCUCUGAGAAGGGAGAGGGAGCACAAAGAGAGACAGCCAGCAAGGGCUUGUGCUUAGCACAAGGGUUGCUGGGGUUUUCCUCUUCCAGCCUUUGCCCUGUGCUGAUCGGCUUGUCUCUCUAUGAUCAGUGGGGUGGACGUGGCUCCAGAGGAAUGAGCUCUAGCACAAUCGCUCUGGCCCCUGUGGCCAAGAAUGUGAUGGUAUAUCGCAAUGGGGACUCCUUCUUCCAUGGAAGGAAAUUUGUGGUGAACCAGCGCCAGUUCCUGACCUUUGAAGCGUUUCUGAAUGAGGUGACCAGCACCAUUCAUGCCUCUGUAGCUGUGAGGAACAUCUACACCCCCAGGCAGGGCCACCGGGUCACUGAGCUAGAGGAGCUGCAGAAUGGAUGCCCGUAUGUGGCAGCGGGCUUUGAGCGGUUCAAAAAGCUAGACUAUUUAAACCCUGGAAUGAAGCAGCUCAGUGGGAGCAGGAAAAAAAAUGGCAUGCAGAUCCGCCCUGUUGUUCCCCAGAAGCUGAACAUGGCAGUGCGAUGGCAGAAGAAUGUCCACCUGCCCUGCAUUAUACAUGUUUUCCGGAAUGGGGAUUUGCUGAGCCCCCCUUUCCGACUGCUGCUCUCCAAGAGCACCCUGCAGGAGUGGGACGCCAUCCUGGGCCUGCUGACGGAGAGAGCCAACCUGCGCAGUGGAGCUGUUCGAAAGCUCUGCCGGCUGGAUGGAGUCCCAGUCUCCAGUGGCAAGGAGUUGGUGAACGGUGAAUACUAUGUGGCGAUAGGGGUGGAGAAGUACAAAAAUCUGCCCUACUUUGAGCUGCUGGUGCCUGAGAAUUCUAAGCACCGGGCAUUACGGAACCAUCCAAAUAACAGACGCAGGAUCCACAAUCACGGGUUUGGUAAAAGCUAUGCCACUUCCCAGGAUGGAGCUAGCGAUUCUGCCCUCACUGAUCCACCUCAGCAGCCAGACUAUCGCAGGGUGCAGUCCACAGGAAAUGAAGAGGAAGACAAGACCCCCGUUCCUUCUCCAGCAGUGCGCAGACAAGCCGGGAAAUAUCCAUGCAAAGAGGAAGAGUCUGUUUUCCAUGCUAAGCCUGUCCGUGCAGGGCAAAACAGGAAGAAUAGCAGGAACAUGCAACACUGGCCUGACCAAGAAGAGGGAAGUGUCUAUAAAGUGAAAGACCCGAGGAAGGAGAUGCGAGGUGCCCAGGAAGUUGUGGAGGACGAAUACACAAAGAUGGAGCUACCUGUUGAUCAGAGAGCUGCCAAGACUGUGGAAGAAGUUAUACCAAAAAGCAAAAUGACUCCUCACAGCAAGGUUGGGAGCACUGACAGAUGGCGGAAGGCCUUGACAAUGCGAAAUUACGGCAGUGACUCAGAGGAGGAAGAGAACUGAAAGAGCCAUUUCUCCGACCGUGUGAAGCUCCAAAGAGUUAAUGAAGUGACUGUGAUGAAAUGGAGAUCAAGUUAGCUUUACUCUCUGUGCAGUGGUGGAUAACAACAUAAGCACGUUGAUCAAAUCCAAGGAUUUUAAAAAAUGCUUGUUUUAAAUAAUAAGAAUGCCUUCAUUUCCUGGGCUUUGUAAAGCAGGCUUCAGCUGAACAAUGAGUCAGACACAUUCAUAGUAUAUUUUUAAAAAUAUAAAUUUUAAUAUAAACACUUUUCUUCCUUUCUUGGGGAAGGUGCUUUGGGAGGAAGAUGGGAAAUGCCUGGGCCUACAUUUUUUAAUUUCCACAGUCAAGGAGCUGGUUUGUAUCUGAAAUGGGGGGGAAGGAAUUAAUUUUUACUGUACAGAAUAACUUUUACUCGCCCAUGAAAGGGGAGUCCUUCUGCAGCGGAGAGACUAGCUGGGUUCUCAGUUAAGUUGUAAGUCUCAAUCCGGGAGGGACAUUGGCUCAGAGCAUUUGGUAAUAAUUUAUUAUCCAGUAAGUGCUGAACAAGACAAGUUAAGAAUAGUCCCUGCUCUGAAGAGCUUACAGUCUAAGAGGCACACACGGAAGAAAAGACAUUCUGGAAAAACUGAGGAGGGGAUGAGUAUGAACCUAUCUAGUUUGUUCAGCCUUUGGGUUCUAGAAAUACGGUGAUGUAGCAAUUAGAGUACAGUGCGGAGUCUGAGUGCAGUAGCUACCUCCGGAAAUAAGCUUGGUGAACCAUUUUCUGCUGUCCCGUGUCAAAUAUUCCCCUGAUGGAUAUAAAGGGUUUUUUUUUCAGAUUUUAAAAUGUACUAUCUAGUGAUGAGAUGACCCUUCAACUCUGCAACCCAGUUGUUUACAUUUUUUUUUUUUUUUAACAGAGUAAACUCUGGUUCCAAAUCCCUCACUGUGUGGGUGGGAAUGUCAACAUGUCCAUCACGGGGAUGUACAAUAAAUGGAGAUUACACCAUGGACUCCAGCAGUGUGGAACUUUGGGAGACUUAGAAGGGAGGUCGGAGGAAGAUCGGGACACUAAUUUUUUGCGUAGGAUUCUGCAUGUAAAUUAAGUAUUGGGGGCUCAAACCCCAAAUAUUCAAGGCUUAGUGCCCCCAAAAGAACAAGACCUCAACCUUGAAAAGGCAAAGAGACUCCAACAACUGUUUUCAGAAAUCUUCUUCUUUAGGUAUCAAAAUUCACCCUUCCACGUUGCCUUGGUUCUAGACCACAGCACUGGCAGCUGAUCUGGGUCCAGAGAGGCAGGGGGUACCUAUCCCAAACAAUGGCAUUACCUUCUGCGCAUUCUUUCUUCUUCCACUGUCACAGUGUUUCUCACUCGUUCACAGAACCAGCUAUACACAGAGCAACUCCCAAGAUAGUAAGCAGCAUUCCUACCACUGCUCCUAAGGAGACAGGACAUACAAAAAUGGGAGGAAUCAUGAACACUCACCACUAAUCAGUUAGGCCUUGUCCUCCGUUCACAUGCUACAGUGAUGAUGUGGUUUGACUAGCUAGAUAGAGAGGAUCAGAAACAUGCUAGUUCUGGAUGAAUUUCAGUAGCGUUGUUAAUAGCAGGUUCUAGACACUCUUCCUCACACCGGUGCAGAGGUUUGUUGUUUUUUUUUUUUAAAUCUGUUAACUAUAUUAUAAAACUACGGACAGCAUAGCGUGUGUGUAUAGGAGGCUGGAGCACAGUUCUUAGGAAAAAAGUCCUUGUUUGCUCUAGUCAGGGAAACCUUGUUAACGCUGUGCUAACAAUAGCUGUGUUUAAAGACAAAUGUAGCUAUUAGCAUGGGCCUAUAGAGCUGGACCUCAUCCCAGUCAGUUACAAACAACCUCAAAUUUGCAGCCAUUUAAUGAAGUUAUCUAGUGUCACACGCUGGACUGAGGGAAGGGAUGAGGAAGAAGAAUCUUCAUGGGUAAUUUAGGUUUUUAUAGAACAUCUUUCUUGGCCCAGAGGGGUAUUAACCAGUUCUGUUCUGCUCACAUGUCUUUAUUUUGUAAAGGCCUGAACCUGAGGUACGGUUACCCUUAACUCCCAUUGACUUGAACUGUACAGGACGCCUCUAAAUCUACAAAUUUCACCCUCUCUCAACAAUAAUCCUAGAAAGCUGAAUAAGCUGUUUGGAACAAAAUGUCAUCACACUUCAAUUUGCUUGGUUUCUUCCCUCCCCUAAAGCACUCACAGGAUAACAUUCUUACUUUCUGCAGCUUACCCCCAGUGUAGCUCCUUAAUGUAAAAAUAUUAAGUUACUACUAGCAGAGUAGAGUUGUCUAAAACCUAGUUUCAAAUCCCUCAGUGAGACAACAGCAACUGAUGAUCGCACACAGACUAGUGUUAUCUUAUAUCCAUCCAUGAGAAGGUAGGAUUAACCAGAUCAUCACUCUGUACAUAUCUAGGGGAGGGGUCCUCAAUAAAUCCAUCCCCAAUUAUGAUAAGAAGAACAGUUUAACUAACCAUACAUCUUGCCCCUAGCAUUACAUGAUCUAGCUAGAGAUCACACCAAACAAUGGUAAUCUAGAUGUUCAAGGUAUGGUGCUGAAUGCCAAGCUGUGUGCAGAGCACAUAUAUAAAAGCACUGCACUGAAGUAUGACUUACUUUUACCACCAAUGUCUUCCCCAAGAGUCUUCCCAGUUACUACUGUGACUAUCAAAGCCAGAGAGUUACAGAGAGGCACCACCAGGGACAGGUCUGAAAUUGAACAGGGAAUGUUGACAUGAUCAGUUAACCACAGUUUAAAAACUAAAUCUUGUAAAAAUCACUUUCUCAUCACCAAUGCAAAACUGCUGCUAUCCUGUUAUGUGUAGGCUUGGAAGGCUUAGAUUUUUGUUGGUAAACAUUGGUUUCACCUUACACACAAACCAAUGAAAAAAUAUUUACAGAUAGGCAAAGUGAGAAAAAUGCUGCUUGAGAACUUCAUAUAUUUUAACAUGUGAUGUGACAAUUUGUGUUUUAAUGAUUAUAAAUAUUUAAUUUUUUUGCAUCUCAAAGGCUGUCAUUAAAUAAUUGCCUGUCACACCCCCCAUAAUUUUCUGCAAUUGUGAAAAUUUAAAUUGAUAAAAAUACAAAAAAUGUUUAAUAAUAAAUGUCAAUGUUAUGUCAAAAUUAAAAAAUAAUACAUUCUGCCAAGCCUAGAUACGUGUAAUUGAUUUCUUGGCUGGGCCACAGAUCUUCUCAAGGAUGAAAUUGUCUAUCCAGCCCCAGCUAUCCCACCACACUGAAACAUAAUGGGAAGGACUAACCUGUGGAUGCCAAUGUGAGGUAGUAGAUUAUUGAUCCACACUGGUUAAACAGAAAUGGCACCAUGUACUACAAGGAAAACAUAACAUAUUCAGUCACUGCACAUGAAAUGACCAUAUACACAGCAUGAAUGUUAUGUGAGGAAGUGAAGCUAGUUGUUAGAGUGGGGAAUUAGGAACCAGGAUUCAUUUGUCCUAUUCCUCACUCUAGAAGGAAGUGUGGUCUAGCAGUUAAAUCACAGGGCUCUGUUUAUGGUUGUGCCACUGACUCCUUGUGUGAAUUGGGUCAGUCUCAUAACUUCUCAGUUUCCUAGUCAGUAAAAGAGAGAGAACACUUAUUUCACAGGAAUGAUAUGAGGCUUAAUUAACUAAUGUGUGUAAAGUGCUUUGAAACCCUCAUGGGAAAAGUGGUAUCAUAUGCAAGCUAAAUGGAAUAUCACAAAGGAUAAAAAUUAAAUUUCCAAUAAAAACCAUCAAGCCCAGAGCAGAUAUAAUUAAAUGGUCAAGAAAAUUAAUGUUAAAGCCAGAUUAAGCCACAGACAUUCAAAACAAUCUCCAUCCAGGAGGCCCCCUUGGCACUAUCUGAAAUGGUUUGGAGGGAGUUCUAAUACCUUAUAAUUGAGGCACAGGAAUUUCAUCUCUGCAAGUAGCUGCAGCACCCGGUUCCUUUGCUUCACCUUCUCCAGUCCCUCUGUCCCCGUCUUCAAAAAUGGGUUUGUCCCUCCCCAUAGAAUAGCCACUAGGACCAGUGCAGACACUUCCCCUGCAACACAAUCACAAACCACCACAGUUCAGGGAUUAUUUGUGUCCUGUAAUAUGAGUUUCUCACUUUAGUUCUUACAUUAUCCCAACUCCGUGGCUGCAUGUAGUGCAGGGUGGAACUUGCCAUUUGCUCUGCGACUAAACUUGUGUUCUGAACAUCAGUCCUGCGUCUGCCACUGUGACCAUCACAAAUUCCUUCACUUUCCCCCUCUCUCCUGUGUUAAAAGCCCAAUUGUGGAAAGCACCCAGAACUCCCAUUCUACCCUCUCUCUCAUCCUUACUGCUCUCUCUAACUCAAUGCACUCCCACCUGUUUGGAAGUCUCUCACUCCAUGUGAGUCAAACUAUCAAAUCCUUCUUUAAACCUCAUUUCUUCCAUAAAGCCUCCUAUGGAAUGAUCUUACCAACCAACUCUCACAAAAGAACUAUAGUCUAAACUAAAGAACUAAAGUCCCCAGCAUAGUAUUUGUCUGAGGUCAACUAUAAGCUCCUAGGCGUAGGGGUCUUUUCUUACGAUGUCUUCUGUAAUGUAGCAAGUACAUGUAGUGCAUCUGUGUUAUUAACAUAGUGUUAUUUACUAAAUAACAAUCAACCUUAACAAUGUUGUGACCAGCUCCCCUACAAUAAAUGCAACCCAAUCAUCACAUCUGCAAGCACUAAAGAAUGGGAGAUGUUAAAAAGCUCUGCGCUUUUAUGGUGCAUUAUGUAUUUUAGAAUAGUGCAAAACACUGAACAGUCCUGUUUGAAUGCUGCUGAUGGUGCAGUAUUUUGCAAUAAACGUUACUAUGUGAUGUUCA